AGUCUUCAGUGUCGUGCAGCAUCGUUUACAUGCAUCAUUUGGCUCUGAAUAAAAUUAUAUAAAUAUAAUACGAAAUUGAUUUUCAAAUUUCAAUAUUAUUCAUUUACUUGUGUUACCAAAGUUUUUUUUUUUUUUAACGUUAAAUUAAUUUAAUUAUUAAAUUUAAUAAAUGUAAAAUAAAAAAAAAAAAAACUAAGCAUCACUAAUAGUGUUUAUCAACAAGUGAUUAACGUGCUUCAAGUGUGUUCAUCAACAAUUGGAUUAUAAAUUUUUUUUUUUGUUGCUAUUUUUUAUAAUUUUGUUUGUUUGUUUAUUUAUUUUUUUUUUCUUGUUAUUUAAAUUGAUUUUAUUUCUCAUGCAAAUAUAAAAAUAUUACUGAGUGACAAUUGUUUAAAAGUUGAGUGACAUUAAUUUAAAUAAGGAUUUUAAUUAUUAUGCACGUAUCGAAAUGGUUUGCUCCGUGACUAGCGCCGAGGACCUCCGUGACAACGGUGUGAUAGAGGCAUCACGUUUACAGGAUACGCCGCCACAAAUUGUCGUUGCCACGAGAGAUCGUACAAGUUUAAUUGACGGAAUGUCAUCAUUAAGUGACGCACACCGUCGGAACGGUCAUAUUGAUAGUGGUGAUAGAAGUUCAUCAGCUGGUUCAUCAUUAGGUUCAUGUUCACCACCUCCAGCAUCAAGUCAUUCACCACCACCACCAAGACCACCAUGGUUACAUGAUUUUCAUGCAGCAGCAUCACCUCAUGUAUUACAAUUUUUAAAUUUAAGUGCUGGUGCUGGUGGUAUGCUUGGUAGUCAACCACUUGCAGCAUUACACUCAAUGGCCGAAAGAAGUCAUCAUCAUCAACAACAACAACAACAACUUCAUCAUCAACAACAACAACAAGCACAGGCACAAGCACAACAACAGCAACAACAACAACAACAAUUACAAAGACAACAACAAGCAGCUGUUCAUUUACAAAGUGGACAAAUUUCAACACCACCACAAGGACAAUCAUCACCAACUGGUAGUGGUAAACACAGUCCAGCAACUUCAAUAACUUCCGUCGGUAGUAAUCCACAUGGUAUUGAUACAAUAUUAUCAAGACCAGCUGCUACACAUCCACAAGUUCCAGUAACAGCAGCUCAUGCUUUAUCAUCAACACCAACUCAUCCAUCACAUCUUACUGCUCCAAGAUAUGCAAUGCAUGCUGGAUUUACUGGGUCUGCUGGUUUAGGACAAUUCCAGCAAAGAACAGAGGCUCGUCAUCCCGCAGUCUACUGGCCAGGUCUUCAAGGACUUGUCAGUGAUCCUUUAGCAUGGCGAGCUCGAUUACAUUCGUUGUCACAACAGCUGGGAUGUCAACAAGCAAUGAGUGGGGCAGCUGGUGGUGCUGGUAGUGACCACGAUAGUGGCAAGAAGAAACACACAAGGCCGACAUUUAGUGGACAGCAAAUAUUUGCACUUGAAAAAACAUUUGAACAGACAAAAUAUCUUGCUGGACCAGAACGAGCUAAACUGGCAUAUGCAUUAGGAAUGUCAGAGUCACAAGUUAAGGUUUGGUUUCAAAAUAGACGAACAAAGUGGCGAAAAAAGCAUGCUGCAGAAAUGGCAACAGCUAAAAGACGACAAGAAGAAGUUGAGGGUGUUUCUGCUGAAACAGAGGAUGGUUGUAGUGAUGGUGAGACUGAAGCGACUGGUGAUACAGCCGCGAAAAGGCUGAGACGUGAACUCGAGCAACAGUAUGGACCGUGAGGAAAGAUGAGACACGGGGGUGGAAGGCGUGGCUAUGGACUAUAGGGGCGGAUACAAUUUUAUAGGGGUGCAAAAAAAGUAUAAGCAUCCAACAAGGGAAAGAAAACAUACAUCCAAAAAUCGUGGAACACAAGACAAUGUCGAACAAACGACUCAUUUUUGUUAUUUUUUUUUUUUUCUGUUUUUCUAAUUUAUUUAUUUAUUUAUUUUUCUAUUUCAUUGUUGUACCCUUUUUAUUUAUAGAUAUAUUUUUUUUUUUUUGUUUAUCACGACAUUGAAGGGACAGAGAAUCGAUGACGAUUCUUGUACUUUUAUAGCUCCCCAAAAAUAUCUGCAAUUGUUUUUUUUUUGAACGAAAAAUAAAUAAAUGAAUAAAAAGAAAUGAAAAAAAAAUAAAAUAAUAAUAAUAACGUUUGAUUUUGGUGAUUCUGUGCGUUUUAUAAAAUCAGUGCAAUAUUAUUCUUCUCCCUCCAUAAAACUUGACAUCAUUGCAUUACAAUUUUGAACAAUUUUGUAGUUGAAAUAAUGAAAUGAAAAAAGUUUGGAGGUCAGUGUGUGAAAAUUAUUAUAAAAUAAACGCUAUAACAAUAACGUUUAAUAAUUUUUUGUUUACCAAAAAAAAAAAAAAACAAAGACAAAGAAAAUUUAAAUAAAAAAAAAAGCACAGAAAAGAAAAAAAAAAAAAAAAAGACACUUGUAUAUUCUGUAGAUAAUGAUAACCGUGAUUGUGAUAUUUGGCGUUUUAAAUGCAAGAUAAAAAUAAUAAAAAAAUAAAAAAAACUUCGAUGUAAGUAGAAGUAGGAAUAGCGUAAUUUAUAAGCAUACUAUAUAUUAAUGAUCUCGGGAAAGAAUUAAAAAAACAAUAUAAUUAAAUUAUAGAAAUAAAUUUAACAUUUUAAAUAUUGUAAAAGAGACUUGAAAAAUAAUGAUUCUUAAAUUUCUUGAUUUUGUUUGUUUGUAUUUUAAUUUGUAUAAUUUUAUUUUUCUCGUUAUAUCGACAAUAAUAUAGCGAGAGUGUUUUUGGAUAUA